CUUCACGGCUCCGACUUCUCUCACGGAUCUCAUCCGGUCGCUUCGCCAUGGUGCUCAGUGCAGCAGUCCAGGCCGCCGAGGCCGCGGCCUCCAGCGGGCAGCGCUUGGAUUUGGAGUUCGCCCAGACGAUGCGAAGCAUCGACCGAGCGCUCAAGGCGGUACGCAUUGAUCGCCAUGUGCGGAUUCGAGGGGAGCAGUGGGCACAACGUCUGGCGCUGCUGGCAAAGCUCCGGCAGCCUUUGUUCCAGAAAGAUCGGAAUCUACAUGCAGAUCUUCUGCUGAAGUGCAUCCAGGAGGGCCACUGGACGGAGCCCAUGGACAAGCACCCGCCGGAUGGCCCGCUGCCCUCGCUGCCGCAGCAUGUCGCUUGCAUGCUCCGGCGCCAGCGGCAAGAGCGAAGCAUGUCCUGGUCUCGUGGAGGCUUCACCGAUGGCUACCCAUCCAAAGAAGCACCGAACUUCGGAUCCUUCGCACCGGGCCACGGCGCCCAAAGCCUGGCGCACGCUGCGGCGGCGGCGGUGAGUGUGCCCAUGUCCAUGGCUUCGGCUCCACCAGCUUAUACCGCCUUAGCUGCACGCCUCACCUACCUGGAGGAGCAGAAUCGACAGCUCCGGAGGCAGUUGGACGCCGAAAAGCGCCGCGAGUCCGGCCGCGGCCGCGCCGAGCAGGCGGAGCGGUCCCUGGAGCGGUCCCGCAGGCCGUCGCCGUCGCUGUCGCCGUCGCCCGCGCGGCGUGCGGCUCGAGGUGGCGUUCAGACGGCGCGGCCGGAGGUUUCACUGGCAGAGUCUGCAGAUACGGAGGCAUUCAUGAAAUAUUUGGAUGUCUUUCAAGCGCAGGCGCGUUCAUUGCUUCGCCAAAGCACUGUGCUGUGAUGGACUGCCAUCGCGUUUGAGAUCGAAA